AUAUUUUUAUUCCUGUUUUCGUUUGAAUACAUGACCGCACUAUUUUUUUGCACGCGGAUGCACGCAGGUGGCGUGCUACGUCCAAAACGCGCCGCUCUUGUGGUAUAACGCGCCGUACUUGUGGUGUUGGAUAAACGUGCGAGGAGACAAGCGCACAACGCCGACGAAGUUCAAGCCAGCAUUUUUCAUGAACGUUUGUCUAAGUGGUGGGAAAUUCAAUGAUCAGAAAUCAAUACCAAGCUUUUUGUUUAAACGUCCGCGUUGUCGGUUACGUGCGUUCGCUUCUGGCGCAUUUAGACGCGUAACCGCCAGACGGAGCGCCAUAUUGGCCAAUGCUUGAACUGCUUCUACAACGAGGAGGCCCAGGUCGACCGCGUUCGUCUGAUUGCUAGAGACAUCCAGGAAGCGAGUUCGUCUCUCCAAGAGCUCAAUUCUUGUAUAGUGAGCAUCCUGAAGCCGGUGAUUCUAGACAUGCUGAAGCCGGUCGGAAUAAAGACAGAGUCCUUCUCUCAGGUUUCAGAUGCACCUUUGUGCGAGGAGCCAUCAGACAUCAGUUGUGUUGCCCGGAGCCAUCAGCAAGAUGCACACGAAAUGUGGAGUCUCUUGGAGGAGGCACCUGCUGCUCAGGCUGCCUCCAAGGUGAAAAUGGAGCUUCUCUCUGACAAGAACGAUGCCAACAUGCACCGAAUGUCCCUGCUAGCCGACGAGCACUGCCAACUCUUGGCUCAGCGGGAAGCGUUGGAGGAUGAGUGCAGGCAGAAGAAGGAGGAGCAUAGGCGGCUCGUGGAGUACCUGCGAAGCCUUGCAGGCCAGCUGUGCAACAAGUACGACUUCAGCAACAUGACAGCGGCGGAAUUGACGCAUGGCAUCAGUGAGAUGGUGGACCACAUUUUGCGUGAAUAUGAGCUACUUCGUAGCAAACACCAAUCCCUAUGGAAGGAAAGGGAAUCCUGGGACCAGACAAAAGUCAACGCUUUGUCAGCGGAAAGAGACGCGAUCAUGGCAGAUAACGAAGGACUAAGAAGAAAGCUGAAGGACUACGACAACCUCCAGGACGAAUGCCGAGCCCUCACCGACGGACUUGAUAAUUUCGUGGCCCUUACAGCCGAAAAGGACAGAGAGCUGGCCAUUGCCCAAGAACAGAUCACAUCUUUGAACAGAGCGUCCUUGGCAACGGCUACAGCCUGCAGUUCUGCGGAAGGUUGCCGCCGAGAAGCUGCCGUGAUCAAUGAGAAAGACAGCAUGAUAAUGGAUCUGCGAGAGAAGCUCAAGGCGGCGGAAGAGAAGCUGGCUGCAUUUCAGCACGUGACCGGGAGACUGCAGCCGUGCGCAAUGGCAGUUGACGCGGUAGAGGCUCCAAGCGGCGCCGUUCGGGACUUGGGGCACCCCGUCACCAGCCUUGCAACCAACCAGGAAGAGCAACUGCAGCAAAACACACUGGUGCAGAAUGUUUGCAGUGCAUCCGUAGCAGCAGCCAUCAUGAAUGCAAACCCGUUAACUGGCGCUAGACCAAGGAGCCUUGAAACUCAACCCGUGGCAUUACUGGCAUUGUCGCCGUCUGCUGAAGUGGUCAGUAGCGUUAGAUCAGCUGACGUGUCGCUGGUGAAUCCUCCAAAAGCUAUGGCUGAAGCCAACGAGGAGGCAGAGGACGCAUACUCUACCAUGGAUGAGGAUGAGGAACUACCCUCAAGUGAUCGCUGCACAAGGCCCACAUCGAACCGGAGUUCUAAAACGAAGCGCGGACGUGCAAGAAAGGCAGCCAAACGAGCUGUCAACACGAAGCGUGGACGUCCAAGGAAUGCAGUCAAACGUAGUUAUGACACGAGAUCAAGGACAGCAAAACUCCGCAGUGAGCGGUCCUCCGAACAGGUCGUGAAGGUUACGACACUGCCAGCAGACGCAAACAAGACUGCAAGGAUUAGAGUAGCAAAAAAAGAAUGUCCCUGUUGCAUGUUGUUUUCUGUGUGAAUAGUGUGACAAUAAAUCUUGCCGCGUGUGCUAUUGCGGCUCUUUGACA